AGCGAGUGCCCAGGGUGAAUCAAUGGAAACUCCCUCACGAAGCCGGGAAAACACUUCAGCCGCAGCCAAAUAGCAUUGAUUAUUUUCUUUCACUUCCCUCACCGCCGUGAAUUUAUUUAUUUAUUUUUCCAUCUCCGUCCCCGACGCCCCGGAGCGAGCGCUGAAGGGAGGGAGGAGGAGGGGGAAAAAAGGAAUCAACACAUCGGAGAAGUCCCUUCCAAGAGCCGCCCCCUCCCCUCCCCGCCUCGCGCUGCUCGGCGGCCGCGGUUCGACUCCCGUCCCUGCUUCCAGCUGAGGUGGUCCUGGCCAUCACGCUGAAAUGAACCCUCAGCAUUCCUCCGUCUACCAUGGCCACCAUUAACUCAGCCUCUACCACUAGCACCAAGCCCUCCCCUGGGCACAAUGCCCCAUCCCCACUUCUGGACACCACCUCCUCCAGCACCUCUGAUCCUGUUGCCAAAGAGCCCCCUGACGUCCCCUCCAUUUCUGAGAGCAUAAGGCCCUCAGAGCCAGGGGUAAAGCUUCUGGAGUCAGAUCAUGGCCUUGUCCCACCAAAAGAGAUCAGAGAGCCUCAACAAGAGUCUGGCUACAGUCACUUCCCACCAAAGGACCUAGGGGUGGAAGAGGACAAAGAGUUGGAGGAGGAGAAGAAAGAAGGAAUCCCUCCCUUGGACCUAAGCAACCACUUAUUCUUCACAGCUGGAGGUAAGGCCUACCUACUGGCCAAUCUGUCCCUGACGGAUGGCAAUGAACUCCUGUUACCAAAGGGCUUCCCCUGGGAUGAGGAAAGCAUCAAGGAAGAGCCCAGCCUGCCCCUCUUUGCCCACUCACCCCCCUCACAUCUCACUACCCUGCAUGUCCAACAUGGCUUUGAUCCAAUCCAAGGCUUUAGCUCUUCUGACCAAAUUCUGUCCCAUGAUACCUCAGCGCUAUCUCUGGCUGCCUGUAAGGGAAGGGAUGGAGCCUUCUGGAGUUACCAGCUGGCUCCAAACCCACCUGAAGAUUCCAAAGAUGGCCCCAUGGGGAGCAAAUGGGGAGACCACAGGGCACUCUUCUGGCUAUGUCUUCUGUGUCGCCUGAGUUUCAGCAGGCCCCAGGCCUUUAUAGGUCACACACAAUCUCAUGGGGUGAAGCUAAACCCUGUCCAACACCAGGACCUGUUGGGCAGCCCAGCUGUGCUCCAGGAGGGGGACAAGGGCUGCAUGGCCCUUAUAGGCUUUCUGGAACCAAAACCCCUUGCUUGCUGUUCUCCUGAAACAUCCCCUGACAACAGGGGGGCAGUAGACACAGAGGCAAACGUAGACAAGACUGAAAACAGCACCCCUGAAGCAGGAAUCCAGGCCCUUGUCCUCCCUGAUGAAGAAGUCAUGGCCCUCAGCCCACCAUCCCCAGCCACCUGGGACCCCAGCCCAAUACAAGCCAAAGAAUCGCCGAUACCAGUAAGCAAGGCAGGGCUGCAUUGGUUUCCUGAGGGGCAAGAAGAGGAUGGAGGGCUCUGCCCCCCACUCAACCAAAGCUCACCCACUACUAAGGAGGGGGGCGCUCUCCCCCCUCCAGUGGGCUCUCCUGAAGACCCUAGUGACCCACCCCAGCCACACCGCCUGGCUGGUGACUGUGCUGCAACCCCUGCAGCCUUCCAGGGCCUCAGUCUGUCCAGCCACAUGUCCUUGCUACACUCACGCAACUCCUGCAAGACACUCAAGUGUCCCAAGUGCAAUUGGCACUACAAGUACCAGCAGACCCUGGAUGUGCACAUGCGUGAGAAGCACCCUGAGAGCAACAGUCACUGCAGCUACUGUAGUGCCGGGGGGGCUCAUCCCCGCCUUGCUCGUGGAGAGAGCUACAGCUGUGGCUACAAGCCCUACCGCUGCGACGUCUGCAACUACUCCACCACCACCAAAGGCAACCUUAGCAUCCACAUGCAGUCUGACAAGCACCUGGCCAACCUGCAGGGCUUCCAGCCAGGGCCUGGAGGGCAAGGAAGCCCCCCAGAAGCAUCACUUCCCCCCAGUGUGGGGGAUAAAGAGCCCAAGACCAAAUCACCCUGGCAGUGUAAGGUGUGCAGCUACGAGACCAACAUUUCCCGUAACCUGCGCAUCCACAUGACAUCUGAGAAGCACAUGCAGAAUGUCCUGAUGCUGCACCAAGGGCUGCCACUGGGCCUGCCACCUGGGCUGGUGGGGACAGGACCUACUCCCCCACCAGGGGCUACCCCAACUAACACCCCUGAACUCUUCCAAUACUUUGGGCCCCCAGCCCUAGGGCAGCCCCAGACUCCUAUGCCUGGCCCUGGACUGAGGCCAGACAAGCCCCUGGAAGCCCAGCUGCUUCUCAACGGUAUCCAUCACCUUGGAGCGUCCCGCAAGUUCCCCACAGCCGCCUCUGGAAGCCUCUCCCCUGAGGCACACCUGCCUCCAAGUCAGUUCCUGGGUUCCUCAUCUGAUGAUGGCCUGCCCACCUCACCACUCCCAGAUGACAGCCCAUCCUUGAAGGUGUUCUGCUGCCUAGUGUGCCAGGCCUUCAGCACAGACAGCCUGGGGCUGCUGAUUUACCACUGCAGUGUAGGCCGGAGCCUCCCAGAAGCUGAAUGGAAAGAGGUGGCCGGUGACACACACCGUUGCAAGCUCUGCUGCUACGGCACCCAACUCAAGGCCAACUUCCAGCUCCAUCUCAAGACCGACAAACAUGCUCAGAAGUACCAGUUGGCAGCCCAUUUGAGGGAGGGGGGUGGGGCCUCCUCCACACUGCCCCUGGGGGAUGGGGCCCCUUAUGGUUCUGUCUCCCCCCUGCACUUGCGCUGCAACAUCUGUGACUUUGAGUCCAAUAGCAAGGAGAAGAUGCAGCUGCAUGCCCGGGGUUCAACCCAUGAAGAAAACAGCCAGAUAUAUAAGUUUCUGCUGGAAAUGGAGGGAACAGAGGCAGCAGCUGAUCUGGGGUUUUACCGCUGCCUGCUGUGUGCCUGGGAGACACCCUCCCGCUUGGCUGUGCUACAACACCUACGUACACCUGCCCACCGUGAUGCCCAGGCCCAGAGGCGACUGCAGCUGUUACAGAAUGGCCCAGUGGCUGAAGAAGGACUCUCUGCCCUUCAUAGCAUCCUGAGCUUCAGCCAUGGGCAGCUCCAGACUUCUGGGAAGGCUCCUGAGACCCCCUUAGCUGAGCCACCCACACCUGAGAAAGAUGCCCAGAACAAGACAGAACAGUUGGCUUCUGAAGAGAAAGAGAACAGAACUGGUCCUUCCAGAGGCAGUGCCAACCAGACCACGGUCAGAACUGGGGCAUACUGCUGUCCAUACUGCAGCUUCCUGAGCCUGGAGUCUGACCAGGUGAGGGCUCAUACACUAUCCCAGCAUGCCGUGCAGCCCAAAUACAGGUGUCCACUGUGCCAAGAGCAGCUGGUGGGCCGGCCUGCCCUGCACUUCCACCUUAGCCACCUGCACAAUGUGGUGCCCGAGUGUGUUGAGAAGCUGCUGCUUGUGGCCACAACGGUAGAGAUGACCUUUGAAACCAAAGUGCUGCCUGGGCCCACACUAAGCCCGCUGGAGGAUGGCCCAGAACCUUCCACACCUGGGCCAGAGCACACUCACAGCAGAGACCAGGCAGAAGAAGGCCCUAGCCUGACCCCAGAAGCCAGCCCAGUGCUUCCACCUGAGCCUCCCCUGGUACCAGUUGAGGGCACAGAGAAGCCCUCAGGAAGCUCUGAUCAACCUCCUUCUUCAGCUCCAUCCCCAGUGCCUCUGUCUGAUGUCCAAGCUGAAGAAGUGGCUCCUCCACCCACCAUGGCUGAAGAGGAAGAAGGGACUGUGGGGGAGUCUCGCUCUGCAGAGCCAUCACCAGCUGACUCUCGCCACCCCUUGGCCUAUCGAAAAACCACCAACUUUGCCCUGGACAAGUUUCUUGACCCUGCUCGACCCUAUAAAUGCACUGUGUGUAAGGAGUCGUUCACUCAGAAGAAUAUUCUCUUGGUUCAUUAUAAUUCCGUCUCCCACCUUCAUAAGAUGAAGAAGGCAGCAAUUGACCCCUCUGGCCCUGCCUUAGGAGAGGCUGGUGCCCCACCCACCAGCACUGCUGUGUCAGACAAGCCCUUCAAGUGCACAGUCUGCCGAGUUUCCUACAACCAGAGCUCCACCUUGGAGAUUCAUAUGCGAUCGGUUCUGCAUCAGACUCGCUCAAGGGGGACCAAGACUGAUGCCAAGGUUGAUGGACCAGAGCGCAGCCAAGAAGAGCUCAAGGAAGGCGAGAUGGAGGGGGAGGUGGGCACUGAGAAGAAGGGACCUAACUCUAGUGGCUUCAUGUCGGGACUGCCUUUUCUGUCUCCACCACCCCCUCCCUUGGACCUGCACCGAUUCCCAGCUCCCCUCUUCACCCCACCAGUCCUGCCCCCCUUCCCUCUCGUGCCAGAAUCACUACUUAAGCUCCAGCAACAGCAGCUACUCCUGCCCUUCUACCUCCAUGACCUCAAAGUGGGGCCCAAAUUGGCACUGGCUGGCCCUACACCCAUGCUGUCCCUGCCAGCUGCCACCCUGCCUCCUCCACCCCCACUUCCCAAGGCUGAGCUAGCUGAGCAGGAAUGGGAACGGCCUCCCAGAGCUGAGGAGGGGAAUGAGGCAGGGCCCUCCUCGCCACCCAACCCGUCGCUCAAUGAGGCCACAUGCACUGCAGCCAAAGCCCUCCUAGAAAACUUUGGCUUUGAGCUGGUGAUUCAGUACAAUGAAGGGAAGCAGGCAAUACCCCCUCCCCCAAUACCUCCUCCUCCAGAGGUACUGGGGGGUGGGGACAAGCUGGCCUGUGGGACCUGUGGAAAACUUUUCUCCAAUAUGCUUAUCCUCAAGACGCAUGAAGAGCACGUCCACCGCCGGUUUCUGCCCUUUGAGGCACUGAGCCGUUAUGCUGCGCAGUUUCGUAAGAGCUAUGACAGCCUGUACCCACCCCCAGUGGAGCCCUCUAAAUCUCUGGAUGAGUCUUUGGAGUCACCUUCCCCAGUGGCCCCACCUUUCUUGGCCCCAGAGCCUGAAGCAGGCGGGACCCAAGGUCCUGAAGAGCGAAGCCGGGCUGGAGGGCAUUGGCACCCAGAGGAGGAAGAAAGUCCCAGAGGGAAUCUUCCUCCCCUAGUUCCUGCAGGCCGCCGGUUCUCUAGAACCAAGUUCACGGAGUUCCAGACCCAGGCCCUUCAGUCUUUCUUUGAGACCAGUGCCUACCCCAAGGAUGGAGAGGUGGAGAGGCUUGCAAAUCUCUUGGGUCUGGCUAGCCGCGUGGUGGUAGUGUGGUUCCAGAAUGCCCGCCAGAAAGCCCGUAAAACUGCCUGUGAGGGUGGGUCUAUCCAGAUUGCAGGAGGCUCCAGAGGAGCCUCUGGCUGUAGGCGCUGCCAGGCUACCUUCUCCUGUGUUUUUGAGUUAGUGCGGCACCUCAAGAAGUGCUAUGAUGAUGGGCCCCCUGAAGAGGAGGGGGAAGAGGCACAGAGAGGGGAAGAGGAGGAAGAGGUGGAAGAAGAAGAAGUAGAUGAAGACCAGAGGUUGGAACCCGCAGCAGGGCCUGAGGGCCCAUCACCAGAACCUGCAGGGGCAGAGGAGCUGAGCCCAGCAGAGGCAUCAAAGUUAGGAGGCAAAGAGCCUGAAGAGAAGGUGUCUACCUCACCCUGCCCAGCCCACACCUGUGACCAGUGUGCCAUUGCUUUCCCCAGUCAGGAUCUCCUGGCCAGUCACCGCAGACUACAUUUCCUGCCAUCUGUGCAGCCCAGUGCUCCCCCACAACUCCUAGAUCUGCCCUUGCUAGUGUUUGGGGAGAGAAACCCUCUGCUAGCAGGCACCCCACCAGUGCCAGGGACACCCCUCAAACGGAAGCAUGAGGAUGGCAGCCUAUCCCCCACAGGCAGUGAAGCAGGGGGUGGAGGGGAGAGUGAUCCUCCCAGGGACAAGCGCCUGCGUACUACCAUCCUGCCUGAGCAGCUAGAGAUCCUGUAUCGUUGGUACAUGCAAGACUCCAACCCUACACGCAAGAUGCUUGACUGCAUCUCUGAGGAGGUGGGGCUCAAAAAGCGAGUAGUACAAGUCUGGUUCCAGAAUACCAGAGCCCGGGAGCGGAAAGGCCAGUUUCGAAACACCCCUGGGGGAGCAGCCAGUCCAAUCGUCAAACCCACUGUCACAUCUUCCCCUGCACCCUUUCCCAAAUUCAACCUCUUAUUGGGCAAAGUAGAUGCCGGCACUGGGAGGGAGGCUUCCAAAAGGGAGGCACCUGCUUUUCCCUACCCCGUGGUCACUCCUGCUGCUGGUCCUCUGCCUUUCCUACCACCUGGGAAGGAGACCAUCACACCAACGUCAGAGCCACCCCCAUCCCUUCCACCUCCCCCUGUACUUAGUGAGGAUGAGGGCCCAGAGGAACCUUCUAAAGUCUCUCCAGAGAGUGAGGCUUGCAGUCCUUCUGCAGGAGAUUUAAGCGACUCAUCUGCUUCUAGCCUGGCUGAACCAGAAUCCCCUGGGGCUGGAGGGACCAGUGGGGGAUCCGGAGGUGGAACUGGGAUUCCAGAUGGAAUGGGGCAGAGGCGCUAUAGGACCCAGAUGAGCAGCCUGCAGCUGAAGAUCAUGAAAGCCUGCUAUGAAGCCUACCGCACCCCCACCAUGCAGGAGUGUGAGGUGUUGGGAGAAGAAAUUGGGCUGCCCAAGAGAGUCAUUCAGGUCUGGUUCCAGAAUGCUCGUGCCAAGGAAAAGAAGGCCAAGCUACAGGGGACAGCACUUGCAGGGAAUGGGGGCAGCAGUGAGGGCCCCCUGGCAGCCCAGCGGACCGACUGUCCUUACUGUGAUGUCAAAUAUGAUUUCUAUGUCUCCUGUCGGGGCCACCUCUUUUCCCGCCAGCACCUGGCCAAGCUCAAGGAGGCAGUCCAAGCCCAGUUAAAGAGUGAAAGCAAGUGUUACGAUGUGGCCCCAGCCCCUGAGGCCCCACCACCUUCCAAAGGCACACCUGCUACCACACCUGCCUCUGUGUCCUUGGGAGCUGCUCCAGCCCUCCCUCGUCUGGCCCCAGUCCUCUUAUCUGGCUCAGCUGUGGCCCAGCCACCACUCAGCGGCAUAGCUCCUUUCAGUUCAGGCCCUGCAGCCUCUUCAGGCCUCCUUGGCCUUGCCACUUCUGUCCUGCCUGCUACCACAGUGGUUCAGACUGCUGGUCCAGGCCGCCCCUUACCUCAGAGACCUGUGCCCGACCAAACCAACAGUUCCACUGACCCUGUCCCAGGCCCAGCUACUGAGCCCUCAGGUGACAAGGUCUCUAGUGAGCGAAAGCCAGUCGCAACCCCUACCAACCUCUCCAAUGAUGCCCUGAAGAACCUCAAAGCACUGAAGGCCACUGUCCCAGCCCUGUUGGGAGGCCAAUUCCUGCCCUUUCCAUUGCCCCCUACAGGUGGGGCAGCACCAUCAGCUGUCUUUGGCCCCCAAUUCCAAGGGGCCUACUUCCAACAGCUCUAUGGCAUGAAGAAGGGGCUAUUUCCCAUGAACCCUGUGAUACCUCAGACCCUCAUUGGACUGCUCCCCAAUGCCCUCCUUCAGCCACCACUCCAGCCCCCUGAGCCCACAGCUACCACACCUCCAAAGCCUCCUGAACUGCCUGCUCCUGGGGAGGGAGAAGCUGGUGAGGUGGAUGAGCUGCUGACAGGCAGCACUGGCAUCUCUACCGUGGAUGUGACUCAUCGCUACCUGUGCCGCCAGUGCAAGAUGGCAUUUGAUGGGGAGGCCCCAGCUACUGCCCACCAGAGAUCCUUCUGCUUCUUUGCGCGGGGCUCUGGGGACCCCAUGCCCCCUCCACUGCGGGUGCCCAUCUGCACCUACCACUGCCUGGCAUGUGAGGUGCUGCUGAGUGGGCGUGAAGCCCUAGCCUCCCACUUGCGCUCCUCAGCCCACAGGCGCAAGGCAGCCCCACCCCCAGGGGGCCCACCCAUCACCGUCACCAACAUGGCCACUCCUGCCUCAGCUGCUGUGGCUUUUGCCAAAGAGGAAGCAAGAUUACCUCACACGGACCCCAACCCCAAAACUACUACUACCUCUACACUUCUAGCUUUAUAAACAGAUAAACCAAGAUGAAGAGAGGGGAGGGCCUCAGGGCUCCCUGUUAUACCCCAAGGGGUGCUUGGUGGGAGUUCAAAUCCCUCACCCAAACCUUCAGCUCUGCCCACCUCAUGGGAAUCUUCCAAUUCCUACCCUCAGUGGGCUUUACACACCCACCUCCAGCAGAGUCCUGCCUUCCCAUCCCACAGAUAAACUGAUCUUCAUCCUCAGCUCCUUGCAGACACAUAGUCUUUGCUCCUAUGACUAGAGAGACAGACACACCCCUACCGUAGCAUCCUGAUCACUCAUACAUGUCUGCCUAUCAAACGAGAUCUACCCUUUAUUCUGUCUCCCUUUUGCCAUUGAAUUCCCAGUUUCCCACCCUUGAAAACACACCUAUCCUGUGCUUUUACACUGACUGAGGAAAACACCAAAAGAAAAAGACAAAGAAGAAAAAGUGGGGGAAAAAAACACCAAAGGGGGGAUGGAAAACUGCCACUCCCCAUUCUUCCUGCCCCUUGUCUAGAGCACUAUGAUGCUCACAAACUCCAAAAACUCAAUUGGCUCCCAAGACUGGAGCCUGAGAUGGGCAGGGAGCCCAUAAAACUCUAACCAAACUUUGACAGGGGGAGAAGUGCCCUUGUUCACUCUCCCCACGCCCCUCCCUUUUAACCAUCUCCUUGCCUGACAGGGGUCCCCUGUGGCCUGAACUCCAGGGGAAGCUGCCACCAGGAACCCCUCUGCCAGCCCUCUCACCCUACACCCUGGGAACUGCAGUAACUUAUUCUCAAAGGCUUUAAACACAGAGAUCCUCUCAGCAGCCGUGGGCCUGUCCCUUGUCCUAACCCUGCCAUAAGGCAGUCCAGCCUCUGGGGACCAGAACUGCCCACCAAUGGCAAAUCCAAAGUUAUUUUUAAAAACUGAAACACACAACCAAAAAAAGAGAGAGAAAGCAAGAGAGUGUGUGCACACACAUACACAAAAGAGAGAUGGAGAGACCAGAGGAAUGAACUAAAGAAAAACAAAACUUGGAAAAUACAAAGAGAGAGAAAACUCCCACCAAACAAGUUUUUAUUUUCCUGUUUAUGUCACUCCUUACCCCAUUUUAAGAGUUUUGUUAAACCUGUACUCUGAAGACCAGAUGGUUUUAACUCCUUGCUAGGGGUCUGGUGAUCUCAAAGGACAGCCUUCCCCUUGCCAAGUUCAGUCUCACAGAGAAGAGCAAAAAUGGGGAGAGCUAUCCCUGUCCCCUGAGUUGAAUAUCAAAAAGGUAAUGUCCCUUUAUUCUCAGCUGUCAGAAAAGACAGUGUUGCCAGAAGUAUCUUGGCAGUCCCAGGGAAAGGGGUGGACAGGACAGUUUGGUUUCUAAAAUCAGAGUAUGCAUCCCUUUUGCCUUCCACCAUUUACUUUUUCCACAAAUCUACUGUUUCCCUUCCUUGAGGUCCUGUCACAUACUAAAUAUUUCUGGAGAACCUUUUGCCUUUGCAGGGUCCCUUGUUCCCCAUUUGCUUUUCCUCCCCUUGUCCUUUCCCUUGCUCCUGUUCCCUCCAGCUCAGCCCAAUCCCUCUGUUAGCAGCAACUGCUGGAAGUCUCCCCAAAGGAGUCAAGGCUUAUCUGUGAGGCCCCUGGGGACCUAGAGCUGACAGUUGAGAGGAUGGAUGAGCAAGGGGAUCACUAAAGCACAAGGUACUCUCAUCAGGAGUCUCAACAGAAGAGAAAUGUCCUAGAUGCUUCCCUGAACCUCUGCUCUGUAACCACCAGAAGAUCAUUUUGGCAAUCCCCGAAUCCAACUCAAGUGGCACAGGGUAGAUUAGUGUGUUUUAUUUUAGCAAGAAAAGUUUGCAACAUUUCCUGCAGCUUCCAGAUAUUUUGUCCCUUUCUCAUGCCUGAGACCCCUCUCCUUGAGCUCCUUCCACUAGUCCGUUUAACACAAGCUGGCCCUGGAACUUCAGUUACCUAGUCUCUUGGCCACUGCUCUGUGAACAUGUUAAUACUGACGUUUAUGUAUAGAAAAGAGGGGAGAGAGGGGAAAAAAAAAAAGUUCAGCUUAAGUACCUAACCCUCACAUAUCCUGUGAAUCUCACUUCCAUCCAGUUGUGGAUAAAAGUAUCUAUAUUCUGUUGAUACCAAAAAUGCCCAUUACAGAUGCAAGCAAUGGGAGAUAAACUGUGGUCUGGCACUUACUGCCACCUUCUAUUCUUGCCUCUCAGCAUCUCUCUCAUAUCCCUUCUUCCCUGUCCCUUUCUCUCUCCUGUUGAAAUUCUAUGUAUAAAACUAUUUUCUUAGCAGCAUGUGUACAAGGAAAGAAACUUUUUUCAUUCUGCUUUCUGGGAA